CCAGUAGGCGAGGGCUGGAGCUUGGACACCCAGCAUGCAGGCACAGCUUACUUGGAGGAUACUGCUCAGUCUGGUCCUCAGACUCCUGUUCCUGAAGCCAGUGGCCACGGGUAGCUGCUUGAGUGAUGCCCAAGAGCUCAUCAAGCAGCUCCAGCAUCAGGCGGACAUCAUGCAGGACACCAGCAGGCUGCUGGACCCCUAUAUGCGCAUCCAAGGCCUGGACGUGCCUGGACUGAAAGAGUACUGCCAAGAGCGCCCCGGGGUCUUUCCCAAAGAGAAUGCCCUGCUUGGGAUCGGCAGGAGGAGGAGCUUCCUGCAGACCCUCAAUGCUAAGCUGGGCCACAUCCUACACAGACUGACCACUUUCCAGCUGGAACUCCCUGAAGUCCAGGACUUUGUGACAGCGAAGAUGUAUAUCUAUGGGAUCAGGAACAACAUCUACUGCCUGGCCCAGCUGCUUCCAGGCUCCUCUGAGACAGCUGAACCCACUCAGGCAGGCUCGGGGGUCUCGCCGCCACCUACCCCUGCAUCAGACACCUUUCAGCGCAAGUUAGAGGGCUGCCAGUUCCUGCGUGGCUACCACCGCUUCAUGCACUCAGUAGGGCAGGUCUUCCACAAGUGGAGGGAGAGUCCCAGCCGGAGCCGGAGACACAGCCCCCGCUGGGCCCUGCAGAAGGGGGCUCGCAAGAUGCAACCCUCCAUGAGGGGCAAGAGACUCGUGACAAGGGGGCAGCUGCCCCGGUAGCCUUAGGGGGCGCCCCAGCAGUGCCCCUUAGGAUGGCACAGCCUUCCCUAGGCCUUUAAGCCCGCUCCCUUGACUUCCCCACCUCUCAGAAGUGCACUUUAAGGGGUAAGGGCCAGCCCAGCUCCUCUACCUCCUCCCAGGCUGGGGGGAUAGGAUCAGGCCAUUGCUCCCCCCAGCCCUAAGUUCCCCAGACCCAGUGGGGUGGCUGGGUCAGGCCACGCGGGGCCAACUUUCCAUUGAUUCAGGGGUCUGAUGACAUAGGCUGACUCAUGGUGAGACUGACCGCCCCCCCUUGCUCUGCUCGCCAGAGGCCAGCCGGCCCUUCCCUCUCAUGACUUGCAGAGCUGUUGCCCCCAGACUUCCUCCUUUCCAUGGUAGGCAUGGUUCCGAGGGGGAGGUCAAGGCCUGAGCUGGCCUCCUAUGCCUCAUUGCCAGUCUCAGACCAGACACCUGGACUGGACGUCUGGGUGACCUCACUUUAAACAGCUGUGACAGGGG